AUGAAGCUCCUCCUCAACUCGCGCCGACAGAGGAACUGCACUCUAGCCUUUGAGGACGGACAGGCUAUUUACAAGAUCACCACUCCAUUCAAGGUUACUGGACGAGUUACUACCAUCCUACGAGUUGUUUCCAGUGCCAAAGACGAGCACAACGACGCGGACUUGGAUUCACGCUUGCAGGAUAAAUUCGCCCAUCUGGCAGAGAUAGAGUGGCAGUACAUUAAGUCGUCGCGGCUGCGGUUUCGGGGGGACGAUAUAGAUAUGGGUACAUUGUUCAGAAAAUUCGGAUUGGGCCCAUAUGGAAGACACCGCGCGUUUACCGCACCUGAUGGGCGGGAGUAUGUGUGGAAAAUGGGGAUGUGGGCAUCUGAAGUUUGUCCCGCCGUUAACGUUACCGCCGGUGAAAUUAAUUAUGCGCUAUUCCAGCUCUAUCUCAACGAUGACUCGAUCCCCAAGAAGCCCCUGAUAGCGAAGUACCAUCGACCGACCUUCAAUCCUAUCGGCCCAAAUAAGCCAGGAUAUCUCGAGAUAUCGCCAGAGGGCGAACCCAUCCUUGACGACAUAGUGGUCACCUUUGUAAUUGUAGAAACAUAUCGAAAGGAAAGAGAACGAGCGUCUCGUUGA